AUGAAAAACAGGCUAGAAGGCAAGGUGGCUAUAAUAACUGGUGGCGCCGGUGGCAUAGGGAAAAGCGUGGCCAAGCUUUUCGUCCAACAUGGAGCUAAGGUCAUUAUUGCUGAUGUCCAAGAUGAACUAGGCCAGGCAGUGUGUGGAUACGUAGGCUCUCCAGAAGUCAUUUCCUACAUCCAUUGUGAUGUAACUAGUGACACCGAUGUCCAAAAUGUCGUAGACAUGGCUGUUUCCAAGUAUGGUAGACUCGACAUAAUGUUUGGAAAUGCUGGUAUCCCUAGUAAGACUGAUCUGUCAAUUUUGGCAACCGAGUACCAAGACUUUAAGAGGGUCUUCGAUGUUAAUGUUUUUGGCUUAUUUCUAUGCGCUAAACACGCUGCAAGGGUAAUGAUUCCAGCCAAGAAAGGGAGCAUCGUGUUUACUGCAAGUGCGGCUUCUGUGACUAGUGGGAAUGCUCCUCAUGCUUAUGUAGUAUCAAAGCAUGCAGUGGUAGGGUUUACGAAGAAUCUGUGCGUCGAAUUGGGGCAGCACGGAAUUAGAGUGAAUUGCAUUUCUCCUUUUGCUGUGGCCACUCCGCCAGUAAUGGAAGGGUUUCAAAUCACGGAAAAGCAAAAGCUGGAGGAAUUUGUGUCUCAGAUAGCAAACUUGAAGGGGGUAUUCUUAGAGGCAAAUGAUGUGGCUGAGGCUGCAGUGUUUUUGGGAAGUGAUGAAUCAAAAUAUGUUAGUGGGCAGAAUCUAGUUAUUGAUGGGGGUUACAGCCUUGCUAAUAUUGCUCUGAGUGAAGGCCUGAAGAAGCAACAUUCUUGA